UCUCUCUCUCCCCUCCAUACAUCGGAGGCUGUGAGCUGCAGCGGCGGCAGAGAGCGGUGCGGAUCCCUGUGUGUGCCGAUCUCCGGAGGGGGAACCGGAUAAUCUGGUCGGACCUUCAGUGGAGUGGAUUUCCUGCCAUCUACACCCACACUGAGCACAGGCACUUUUACGUUCCCAACGGGGAUCCCGAUUUACACACCACAGGUGACCUGUAACCGGUUGGAGAGGGGAAGAGAGGAGAACAAAUGGAAAGGGAGCAGAGAGAAAGAGGAUGAGUGAGAGAGAGCAGGACCCAAGAGAGUUCUCUUGCACAAUGGGAGCCCCUCGCUCUGCCAACUUUUGAUUUAAAAAGAAUAAAGGGGACUUUGCCUAAAGAGGCCCAACAGGAUUUUGACUUCACUUUAGUGUUUUGCCCUGUAGUGAGAGUCCUCCCUUUUGUCUCAGGAGGAGUAGUCAUGACAUUGUUCUGAACAUAGAAAUACUUCCUUUCUUCGGCCAUUUCUCCCUAAACCAAUCUGCUACUGUUUAUCUAGUGACAGUUGUUUGCCAUGGAGAAGACGUACUCACUAACCGCCCACUACGAUGAGUUCCAGGAAGUAAAAUAUGGCGGUCGCUUCAGCAGUGACAUCCUCAGUAAUGGAAUGACCCUUCACCUGGGUGGCAGCCUGGACCGUCAUAUGGGGCGGGGCCGAGGAGGGGCUUGGUCCAACGGUCGAAAUAGAGAUCUAAGCAACACCAGCAGCAGUGGAGGGCUUCCUCGAUGGAGCCGGAGGGAAAUCUGCCUCCUCUCAGCACUGGUGUUUGCUGCAGGCAUGUGCGUCAUCUUGGGCAGCAUGCUGGCGCUCAAGUACAUUUCCCUGGAUGCCCAGCAGGACCCACAGUGCCGACAAGACUGCCAGCGCAAACGCUCCCUGCUGCGCACGGCUCGCUUUGUUCAGGCCAAUAUUGACCCAACUAUCCAGCCCUGUCAGGACUUCUACUCCUUUGCCUGUGGCGGUUGGCUGAGGCGCCAUGGCAUCCCCGAGGACAAGCUCAGCUAUGGCAUCAUCACCGCUAUUGGGGAGCACAAUGAGGAGAAACUGCAGCGCCUCCUUCUGGAGCCAAUACGGAGGCGUGGGCCCAACUCGGCAGAGCGCAAGGUCAAAGAGUUCUAUAGAUCCUGCGUCAACAUCCAGGAGAUCGACAAGCUGGGUUCUAACCCCAUGACGGAGGUGAUCGACAGCUGCGGCGGGUGGGACCUGGUGGGAGCUCCUCCUGGUGCUGCUGGGUGGGAGAGAGAGGGUGCCCCACAGAGGCCGGACUUCAAUGAGCUGCUGUACAGGACCCAGGGGGUAUAUAGCACUGCCGUCUUCUUCUCCCUCACUGUCAAUGUGGAUGACAAGAACUCCUCCAGGAAUGCCAUCAGGAUUGAUCAGGAGGGGCUUACACUCCCUGAGAGAAGCCUCUAUCUGGGACAGGAUGAGGACAGUGUGAAGAUCCUGGCGGCGUACAAGGCCCUGAUGGAGCGCUUGCUGAGCAUGCUGGGAGCUCACAACGCAACACAGAAGUCUAAGGAGAUUAUACAGCUGGAGACCCGUCUGGCCAAUAUCACUGUGUCAGAGUAUGAUGACCAAAGAAAGGACAUCAGCACCAUGUAUAACCGCAUCACCCUGAAGCAGCUACAGCGCAUUGCUCCCAGUCUUCACUGGAAACGCUUGCUGGACAGAAUCUUCCACGACAACUUCUCAGAAGACGAGGAGAUCGUGGUGCUCGCUACUGACUACAUACAGAAAGUCUCCGACAUCAUCAAGACCACUUCAAAGAGGGUUCUCCAUAACUACAUGCUGUGGCGCAUUGUGGCAGCACUAAGUGAACACCUGUCCACAGCCUUCCGCAGCACCAUCCACGAGUUUUCUCGGGAGAUAGAUGGCACCGAGCAGCAGCUGGAGCUGGGCAGGCUCUGCCUCACCCAGGCCAACAAACACUUUGGCAUGGCCCUGGGAGCUCUGUUCGUCCAGCAGCACUUCUCCUCACAGAGCAAGGCCAAGGUACAAGAACUGGUGGAGGACAUAAAACACUCCCUGGACCUCCGUCUACAAGAACUGGACUGGAUGGAUGAAGCCACCAAAGAGGCUGCCAGAGCAAAGCUGAAGCACAUGAUGGUGAUGACAGGAUACCCAGACUUCCUGCUCAAACCUGAGCUCAUAGAUCAAGAAUAUGGGUUUGACGUGGAUGAGAAAACCUACUUCAAGAACAUCCUCAACAGCAUCAAGUUCAACAUUAAGCUGUCAGUCAAGAAGAUCCAUGAAGAAGUGGACAAGACGGCGUGGCUUCUCCCCCCUCAGGCCCUUAAUGCCUACUACCUCCCUAACAAGAACCAAAUGGUCUUUCCUGCUGGCAUCCUUCAGCCCACUCUCUACAACCCUGAGUUCCCACAGUCUCUGAACUAUGGAGGAAUAGGAGCUAUCAUUGGCCAUGAGCUAACACAUGGAUAUGACGACUGGGUGAUGCAAUGGUUCAUGUCCCUAGGGGGCCAGUACGACCGCCAUGGCAACCUCAAGCAGUGGUGGACAGAGGAGUCCUACAGGAAGUUCCAAAAGAAAGCUGAGUGUAUCGUCAAGCUCUACGAUAACUUCACUGUUUAUAACCAGAGGGUGAAUGGUCGCCUGACUCUGGGGGAGAAUAUAGCAGACAUGGGAGGUCUGAAGCUGUCAUACUAUGCGUAUCUGAAGUGGGUGAGGGAACAUGGUCCAGAGAGGCCCCUGCCUGGGCUCAAAUACACUCAUGAACAGCUGCUCUUCAUUGCCUUUGCACAGAACUGGUGUAUGAAGAGAAGAUCUCAGUCCAUCUACUUGCAGCUGCUGACUGACAAACAUGCACCAGAGCACUAUAGAGUGAUCGGCAGUGUUUCCCAGUUUGAUGAGUUUGCCCGUGUUUUCCACUGUCCAAAGGGUUCCCCAAUGAACCCUGUGGACAAAUGCUCCGUAUGGUGACCUCUCCGCCUGUCCUAUUGACCUUGGGAUGACCUUCAUCUUCAUAGCCAACACACACCAACACACACAACCUGUCCUACAUCACACAUUCAUCAAAGCUGACAGGAUACUACACAGAGCAUAAAGCCUAUUCUUUCCCAUAAAGGAUACAGGAAGGAAAUGUAUCUUUUCAACAUUAAAAGUACACAUUUUCAGUUCAGAAAGUUUAUACAGUUGUCCAUUGUCUGUACUAACCAAACUAAAGCAUGGGUCACAUGACCAUUGAUCAUGUACAUAUAUAUUAUUUGAUUACAUAUAUUUUUCUAUGUUUGAAUUUAUUUUCAAAUCAUCUAUUUUUGUAUUUUAGCAAAUAUAUCACACACAUUAUGUGUAGAAUUCACAAGCUAUUUGGUUUUUGAUUAAGCAACACGUUUCGUCAUUUCUCUUCUUUGUAGCAUCAAGUAGAAAAACUUCAGCAUAUCAGACAAUUAAAGUUUGGCAACAACAGUGAUUUCAGUCCCCAAUGUAAACUGGACAAGGACCAAUUUAAAAUGAACUGGGAUCAGCAGCAUCCUCGUGCCUGCCAAAAUGUUGGUGUUCUUUCAGUUUGGUAUUGGAGUUUCAUUUGUGUCGCAGUGCUGCGCUCUUGUGGCUGCAGAGAGCAAUGGUCAGUGUUCAACUGUCAUGACUGUUGUAUCGUUUGCCUGCACUGGUUUCUUGUUACUGUGAGUGUUUGUACGGUUUUUCAAGAUUUGUCAACUUUUUUUAAAAAAAGAAAAAAGAAGGUGGACUCAUGGUGGAUGUUCUUCUCAGGAUUUGUAGCAAAGUGCAGCGUCAAACAGGGGCUCUAUCUGCAUUCAACUCUGAAGUCUACAGUGUAGUCACAAAGGAGCUGGUAUAUUUAUCAAACACUGGAUGAAAGAUGAGAGGAGAUUGAUUUUCUGUGCUGGAAUUCACUGCAUGGGCAACAACUUGACCCUAUUGUGCAAGAGAGCCCUCUCUAUUGGAAGUGGAUGAGCCUCUGCUAUUGGAUUAUUCAUAUCUCGUGUUUACUGAUGAAAUCUGGAUUAUCUUUGAGGACCUGGGAAUCAAGUGGGAGGGAGAGUGUGAGGUCACAUCAUAUAUUAACUCACCAAAUAACAGAAGCCAACUCUGCGUAAUAAAGUGCAACUACGGUAGAUGGAGAAUCAUACAUUUGUACACAGAGAAUCAUACAUUUGUAUUCCCAGUGUAUGCUGGGAAACUAGACUGGGAGCCAGAAAAUUACUUUUGUAUAAAGAAUCUGUUGGUACAAAAAAUAAGAAUCUUUGUACAGUGAAGAAGUAUAUCAGAUGUUAUGGUUGUACAGUUGUUUUGAUGAGAGUGCAUGUUUUCUCUCUGACCAACAUAAAAUUCUGAUUGAUAUAUAUGGAGGACGUCAUACGCACACAGACACACCCAGACACACACAUCUGACGCUACAGCUGCUAGUUCUCAUGUGGCUGCUAUCUCUUCCUCUCUGUUGGUCACUGUUUAAUGUUUGAAUAAAUACAAAGGAUCACUGUG